AUGGGGGCAAGCACCUCCAGCAAGUCACCACCCUUGGAUGGCAAUGAGGAUGUUACCUUUGACCAUUUUGAGAUUUUGCGAGCUAUUGGGAAGGGCAGCUUUGGAAAAGUCUGCGUGGUGCAAAAGACUGACACCAAAAAGAUGUAUGCCAUGAAGUACAUGAACAAACAGAAGUGUGUGGAGCGAAAUGAAGUGAGAAAUGUUUUCAAGGAGCUGCAGAUUAUGCAGGGCUUGGAACACCCUUUCCUGGUUAAUUUAUGGUACUCAUUCCAGGAUGAAGAGGAUAUGUUCAUGGUGGUUGACCUGCUGCUGGGAGGGGACCUGCGCUACCACCUCCAACAAAAUGUGCGGUUCCAAGAGGGAACUGUGAAACUCUUCAUCUGUGAGCUGGUGCUGGCCCUUGACUACUUGCAGAGCAGGCACAUCAUCCACAGAGAUAUCAAGCCCGACAACAUUUUGCUGGAUGAGCAUGGACACGUGCACAUCACUGACUUCAAUAUUGCCACCUUGCUGACCAAGGACAGCCCUGUCACCACCAUCGCUGGCACCAAGCCCUACAUGGCACCUGAAAUGUUUAGCUCCACAAAACCCACCAGCUACUCCUUUGCUGUGGACUGGUGGUCCCUGGGAGUCACUGCCUACGAGCUGCUCCGGACUCGGAGGCCAUACCAGAUUCGGUCCAGCAUUUCCACAAGUGAAAUCGCUCGCGUGUUCAGGACCGCGGCAGUGACGUACCCGGCGGCGUGGAGCCUGGGCAUGGUGGGCCUGAUCAGGAAGUUGCUCGAGCUGAACCCCGAGAAACGUUUUUCUCAGCUGAGGGACAUCCAGUCCUUCCCGUACCUGUCUGAUGUGAACUGGGAUGCUGUUCUCCAGAAAAGAAUACUGCCAGAAUUCAUUCCCAUGAAAGGCAGACUGAACUGUGACCCAGCCUUUGAACUGGAAGAAAUGAUCCUGGAAUCCAAACCUCUUCACAAAAAAAAAAAGCGCUUGGCUAAGAAGGAGAAAGACACAAGCAAAAGCAAUUCAUCCCAGGCCAGCCACCUUCAGAAGCACCUGGAAAUGCUCCAGAGGGACUUCAUUGUUUUCAACAGAGAAAAGGUAAGACCCCACCAUGACAGCAUCCAAGAGACCAUGACAAAAAGUGGAGGUGAACACAGGGAGGACAAUCAAAACAACAACCUCUGA